GCGCGGAACCCGCUCGGGAGCUGCACCCGGCGCUGGGUGGUCUCGGCGGCGGUCGCCCCGAUGUUUUCCCCCAGCCAGGAGGAACACUGCGCCCCGAACAAGGAGCCCGUCAAGUACGGGGAGCUGGUGGUGCUGGGGUAUAAUGGCUCCCUCCCUAAUGGUGACAGAGGACGCAGGAAAAGCAGAUUCGCCCUUUAUAAGCGACCUAAAGCAAAUGGAGUUAAGCCCAGCACUGUUCACGUGAUUUCUACUCCUCAAGCAUCCAAGGCUAUCAGCUGCAAAGGUCAGCACAGUAUCUCUUACACUUUAUCCAGAAAUCAGACGGUUGUAGUGGAGUACACACAUGAUAAAGAUACAGACAUGUUUCAGGUUGGGAGGUCAACAGAAAGCCCCAUAGACUUUGUAGUGACAGACACUAUUUCUGGGAGUCAAAACAACGACGAAACUCAGAUUACACAGAGCACCAUCUCCCGCUUUGCAUGCAGGAUUGUUUGUGACAGGAGCCCACCAUACACAGCAAGGAUUUUUGCAGCUGGAUUUGACUCUUCUAAAAACAUAUUUCUCGGUGAAAAAGCAGCAAAAUGGAAAAAUCCUGAUGGCCACAUGGAUGGGUUAACAACCAAUGGGGUGUUGGUCAUGCAUCCAAAAGGAGGGUUCACUGAGGAGUCUAAACCUGGAGUUUGGCGUGAGAUCUCUGUCUGUGGGGAUGUGUACACCCUCCGGGAAACCAGAUCUGCUCAGCAAAGAGGGAAGCUGGUAGAAAACGAGACCAACGUCCUACAAGAUGGCUCCCUCAUUGACCUGUGUGGAGCCACCCUUCUGUGGAGAACAGCAGACGGACUGUUUCACACCCCGACCCAGAAACACAUCGAAGCUCUGCGGCAGGAGAUCAACGCCGCCAGGCCGCAGUGUCCCGUCGGUUUAAACACUUUGGCAUUUCCCAGUAUCAACCGUAAAGAUGUGGUGGAAGAGAAGCAGCCCUGGGCAUACCUCAGCUGCGGUCACGUUCACGGCUAUCACAACUGGGGACAUCGCAGUGACACAGAAGCGAACGAGCGGGAAUGUCCGAUGUGCAGAACCGUUGGCCCCUACGUGCCUCUCUGGCUUGGUUGCGAAGCAGGCUUUUACGUGGAUGCCGGCCCUCCGACUCAUGCUUUCACCCCUUGUGGACACGUGUGCUCUGAGAAGUCUGCAAAAUACUGGUCUCAAAUCCCGCUGCCUCACGGUACUCACGCAUUUCAUGCUGCCUGCCCUUUUUGUGCGACACAACUGUCUGGGGAACACAACUGCGUCAAGCUUAUUUUUCAGGGUCCAAUCGACUGAUGUCACUUUUGCGAUGACCACGAUAGCGUUUUGUUUAACAACUUACUGUGAAAAUUUUGCCACUAACUCUAGAUUUUACCUUUUUUUAUAACGUUAUUAAUAGGGUGGUGGGGUGGGGAUGGGGAACUGACAAAGGAAACGGUGAGGAACUGUGGUGGGAUGGGAUACAUUGAUACCUGGAACUCGACAGAUAUCAGUGGGGUUGCAUGCUCAAAAGCAGCAUAUUCACAAAGUCUUCUUGGUCAAAUUGUAGUAUAUUUGUAAUCUUUUUAUUAGUACCCUGGAUCAGAAAAAGAUGUCUUAAUGAUUUUUUUAAGCUAAGAUUUUUUAAUGGAAAGGUUUUUCUUCUAAACUUUGACAAGCCUUUAAAACCUAUUUUUCAAACCUAGAAGGAACGUACAGAAUGUAACUGUCUUUAAUUUGCAGUAUAAUUUAACUUGAAUAGUUUCUCAAGGAGCUAAAGCAGAAUGUGUGGACAGCCAUAGGUGAAUGUUCACUAGAGAUAAUUGGAUAUGUAAGAGAAAAAUUAGCUGCCUAAAUUGCAGAGUAUAAAUGUAAUUAAGAUAUCUAUUAUGGUAUAACACAGCUGGCCAACAAGGCAUCAAGGAUUACUUGAAACUGAGCAAAUCCUGUUUGCAUUGAUUUCUUUUCAGUGUAAUAGAUGUCCACUGCUCGUUAUGUGUAGUGUGUGGCUGGGUUUUGUUUUGUUAUUCCUUCCCCGUUUAACUCGCAUAUGGUGAAACCUCUUUACUUUUCUACAUACAUACAUCUGGUUUUAAGCCAGCCUUCUGCAUUCGUGUAGUCUGAUCUCUGUAUUUCUGCUUAGCUUAGCUUGCCCUACCUGCGCCUUGCAUGCCCACAACCGUUGGGUUGAGAUGUAGCAAGCCUUGAAAAACUAAAUCCAAGAAAGGGAUGUAGUGCUACAGCACAACAGCAGAUUCAGGUGCAAUUGACACAGAACUUAUUUACAUAGACCUGAAUUCAGGGAAGCACUUAAUUAACGUACAAGUAUAAUCCCACAGAUGGGAUUCAAGGAUCUAAGUGCUUCAGUGGGUCGUGGCUACGCACUGUUACGCUUUGAAAUAAUAAAGAAAAGCAAAGGUUAAAAAUAAUUUAUUUGAGUUCACUUAGUAGCCAAAAUGCUGUGAGGAGAGCAUCCUUUCUGGUUCAGCUGAGUAUUUCUGUUCAGUUUUCAACUAGCUGCCAUCUGUCACCUCUUUAUGCAGAUUGAGAUGUGUUUGUAUCUUCCUUUCUUAAAUGUUUGCAAAUCAAACAACAUUCAGAUGUAAUCAGAUCCACGUAUCGGGGUGGUACAUCUGAAGUGGAUCACUUGGAAUUCCAGACUCUUUAAGGGAGCUGAUAAAUAUUUACUGUGGAGAUAAUUAAAUCAGAAUUUCAUAUGAGAUGUAGCCUGCCCACUGUUAGUGUCAUUUCAUGCAGAGUGAGAACUCUGAUUUGGUUUCUGCCUUUUGCUUUCUGUGCUCUUGGUAUCUGAGGUAUCAAUCUAUCCAGUCUAUAAAGAAAAACAAAACGGGAGAAAAUUACAGCAUCUCCAGACUCGAACUCAGUUCUGUUUGAUCAACUGUAGCUUUUUGCUAUAUUUGCGCCCUUUGUAUAAAUAGAUAAUUUAUAUGAUUUUAAUAUAUUCUGUAUAUAUACUUGAAUUGGCCUGUUCAUAUUUUGGUUGUAAAAUUAUUUUAUAGUUAACCUUAUAAACAUUUAACGUGUCCCUUGCUGGUGGUGCUGGGACAUGCUUUGUCUGCUGCUGGUUUUAGUGUAAUUUUGCUGUAUAAAUGUUCAGCAUUUUAAUAAUUUGAAAAUAGCUUUA